AUGCGACAGAACUGGAGCCCAUACGACAACAACGGGGGGACCGUCCUCGCGGUCGCGGGCGAGGACUACGUCGUCUGCGCCGCGGACACGCGCAUGUCCACGGGGUACUCCGUCCUCACGAGGGACUACAAAAAGAUCGAAAAAAUGACCGAGAAGUGCGUCAUGGCGUCCGCCGGGUUCAUGGCGGACGCGGUCACGCUGAAGAAGACGCUCAAGGCGCGGUGCGUGUCGUACGAGUUCCAGAACAACAAAGAGAUGGGCUGCGUCUCCUUCGCGCAGAUGCUGUCGAACACGCUGUACUACCGCCGUUUUUUCCCGUACUACACGUUUAACAUCGUCGCGGGUUUGGACAAGGAAGGCAAGGGCGCGGUGUUCACGUACGACGCCGUGGGGUCGUACGAGAGGACGAACUACAGCUGUCAAGGGUCCGGGCAAGGGUUGAUCAUGCCCGUGCUGGAUAACCAGCUCAAGACGGUCUCCCCGCUCGUGCUCCCGGCGCAGUCGUCCGCGACGCCGCUGAGCGAAUCCGAAGCCGUGGACCUCGUGAAGGAUUGCUUCGCCACCGCGGGGGAGAGAGACAUCUACACCGGCGACAGCGUCGAGAUCUGGAUCAUCAACAAGGACGGGCUGAGGAAGGAGUACCAGGACUUGAAGCUGGAUUGA